GUCUCCGCUGUGCAUCAGGCUCUCCGAGCGGAGUUCUAGGCCAAUGGCCCCCAGGCUGCGGCUGCUGACAUGGGAUGUGAAGGACACUUUGCUUCGACUCAGACUUACAGUGGGAGAAGAAUACUCAGCCCAGGCUCGGGCCUAUGGGCUAAAGAUAGAGGCAGCAGCCCUUGAAUCAGCCUUCCGUCAAGCAUAUAAGGCCCAGAAGCAGAAGUUCCCCAACUAUGGGCUAAGCCAAGGCCUCACCUCAAGACAAUGGUGGCUAGAUACUGUCUUGCAGACAUUCCACCUGGCAGGAGUACAAAACUCCAAUAUCCUCGAUCCCAUUGCCCACAAACUCUAUGAGGACUUCUGCAGUGCUAAAACUUGGCAGAUGCUGGAAGGGGCUGAAUCCACUCUGCAGCAGUGCCGUGAACGGGGCCUGAGAUUAGGUAUCAUUUCCAACUUUGACAGGAGGCUAGAGGACAUCCUGGCUCACUGUGGUCUCCGGAAGCACUUCGAUUUCAUACUGACGUCUGAGGCAGCUGGCUGGGCCAAACCUGAUCCACGAAUCUUCCAACAGGCCCUUCGGCUUGCUGAUAUAGCGCCCACCCAGGCAGCCCACGUUGGGGACAAUUACCUGAAUGAUUACCAGGCACCCCGGGAUGUGGGCAUGCACAGCUUCCUGCUGAUGGGUACCAAGACCCAGGACCCCUUUCCAAGAACUGUCCCUAAGGAACACAUCCUGCCUUCCCUCCCUCACCUUCUGGCUGCCCUCAACCUCCUGGAGGGUUCAGACCCAAAGCACUGAAGAUUGGUGGGGAAGGUGCGGCCUGCAAGCUGAGCCUACCAGGUGGGAGAAGGCAAGGGAAAUCCCAGCCAGCAGAAUCCUAUUAUUGGAAACAUUGGCUCCUUCUUCCCAUGUGAGCAAAGUGGGAGCUGUUCUCCCUUCAGCCUCAAUAGCAGGCGUCUGUGACUACCAUAAAGUCAAAUACCAUAGCUAAA